AUGUCCGAGGCCACGCCCAAAAUCCAGAUUCUCAAGGGCCCGAAUGGUCUCGUUGACUUGACGGCAGCCACCUUCCAGAUCCACGACGAGUCGCACACAAUCGGAAAUGCCCUCCGCUGGAUGCUCAUGAAGAAGUAUGUCGAAGCCUUUCCGCAUUGUUUGCUGCAACAGGUCCCGACGACAUUGUCACUGACGGCAUCCCCAAUUGUAUGCAGCCCGAAGGUGGAGUUCUGCGGCUACAGCGUGCCCCAUCCGUCUGAGAAUCAUAUCAACGUGCGCAUUCAGAUGUACGAUAAACUCUCUGCCCUCGACGCUUUGCUCAAAGCCCUGGAAGAUCUCGACGGCCUUUGUGUCGCAGUCGACGAGGCGUAUCACAAGAGCCUGCGGAAUGACAAGUAUGAGCACUGGGAUGAAAAGAGUUGA